AUGGUAUCCCUCUCUGCUCGAAUCAAAGACUUUUUUUCGGUCCUCCUCCUCGGAGCUGCAACCAUCACUCCCUCCACACAGACCGCAGGCGUGUCUCAAGGGUUCUAUGAUUUUGCUCGGGACUUUGCCCAUCUGUCCAACAUUGCCUACUGUGUCAAUGCUCCCAUCACUCCACUGAACCCGGACUUCACCUGUGGCAACUCGUGCAAGCACUUUCCGGAAAUUGAGCUUGUGAAGACAUUUGGAGGCAACUUCUUCAAGACCUCCAUUACGGGCUACCUGGCUGUCGAUCAUGUCAAGAAGGAGAAGUACGUUGUCUUCCGAGGAACCUUUUCGCUGGCAGACGCGAUCACGGACAUGCAGUUCCAGCUGUCUCCUUUCCUGGUCGAUGUGCCUGCCCUGAACACUUUCUCAGCUAAUGACACCACCGCAGAGGCCCAGACGCACUGUGAGGGCUGCAAAAUUCACGACGGCUUCUCCAAGGCCUUUACCGAGACCUGGGGUAACAUUGGUGAGGAUCUGCAGAAACACCUGGACGCUAACCCGGACUACCAGCUGUACGUGACUGGCCAUUCUCUGGGAGCUGCUAUGGCCCUUCUUGGAGCUACUUCCAUCAAGCUCAAGGGCUACGAUCCCAUUCUCAUCAACUACGGACAGCCCCGAGUCGGAAACAAGCCCUUCGCUGAGUUCAUUAACAAGUUGUGGUUUGGAGAAGGCAACGGUCUGGAAAUCACCCCCGAGAGAAAGCUGUACCGAAUGACCCACUGGAACGACAUCUUUGUUGGCCUGCCCAACUGGGAGGGAUACACCCACUCUAACGGUGAAGUAUACAUCAACAACCGGUUCAUCAACCCUCCUCUCAAGGAUGUCAUCUCUUGUGCUGGAGGCGAAAACUCGAAGUGCUACCGAUCCUCGUUCAGCCUGCUGUCCCAGAUCAAUCUGCUCCAAAACCACCUGGCUUACAUUGAUUACAUUGGAUACUGCGCUCUGAACAUUGGUCGACGAGAGCUUGCCGAUCAGGAACAUUACACUGGUCCUUAUUACUAUGGUCAUCGAUCUGAGGAGGACUUUAAGAAGUUGGGCUUGGAGCUAUCCACCCCACAAGUUGAGAACUGA